AUGGCACCAACGGCGCCCACCAUCCUCACCCUCAAGCAGAACUUCCUCACCACCCAAACGCGUCUCCUCUCACAGCCGCUCCAGCCCAGCCGAGCCUGGCGCCGCGCAAAUGAGGCAGCCGCCAAUGACGACGACGCAGCCGCAGUCUCGGAGAGAGCCGUCGACGACGCGCUCUUCCGCCUAAACCACACCCUGCAGCAGCACUCGAGGCGCGUCUACGUGCCCCAAGCGACGCGCCAGAUCGCAGAGCAGAUCGACAAGCUGUACCUGAGCGCCGGGGAGCGCCGCGCUGACAUUGGCAAUGAUGAUGAUGAAGACGACGAUGCGGACGGGUGGAGGAACGUCGGGGCCGACUACACCGACGCGAAGGUCGUCUCGUCACUACCGCCGGACUGGGAGUCCGACAGGGAGGCUGCAGCCUACCCGCUCGAGGCGAAGCGCUACGCCGAGCUCGCCAUGCGGCUGCGGGGCCUGUCAGCACGGAGGGAGGAGGCCCGGGCGCGCGUGGAGCGCCUGCGCCGGAUGAAGGCCCGGCUCGCACCGUUCAGUGGCGCUGGUGCUGCUGAGGAUGCGACUUCCGGUCAGUCAGGUGGCGUCCAGGAGAACCUCGUCACUCGCGACGGCGAGGUGGAGAAGGAGCUCGAGCGUAUGCGGGUGCUUCUCGUGCGUGUUGGCGACAAGGUCGCGAGGCUAGAGGAGAAGGAGGCCGAUGACAGUGAUUUGUUCGGCGAGGGCGACGCCAUGAUUGUGGAUGACGUUGAGGUUGAGGAGAGGAGGAAAGUCGAUUCGCUAUUGGACGGGCUGGGUUGA